AUGUUUGCGGCGGCGGUGGUGGUGGCCGCCGUGUGCUGCGUGGGCGACGCCGCCGCCGCCGCUGCUGCUGCUGCGCCGUCCGUCGCGGGGCCGGGCACACCGGCGGCCAGCAGAGCGGGCGUCGCCGUCGACGUCGAUGCCUGCGCCGCGUACCGGCGCUGCGCCGAGUGCGUGUUCGACGCCUCCGACGGCAUCUUGAGCCCCUCGAUGGACUGCGCGUGGUGCGUCCCUGCCCGGCUCUGCGUGCGUUUUAACGCCUCCGCGGCGGCGGCCUGCCCCGACCUGCGCCACGCGAAGCUUAACCCCACCUGCCCGGACAUGGCCUGCGCCGCGGCACACACGACAAACAACAUUUACAUCUGCCGCCCUAUCACGAUUGUGUGGAUUGCCCUCGCCUGCGCCCUGUUGCUCCUCGACGUCGGCUUCUACCUCUGGCUCCACGCCGUGCGGCAGCUGCCGUGGAAGUACGAGCCGCGCCUGAGUCAGCUGCUCACCGGGGCGGCGCCCGCAACGGGGGAGCCGCGGCCGACGAGCACGCAGCCGGGGACGGAGCGAGGGACCGACGCCACAACGGAGGUGCCUGUUAAGGCGAAAACGCAGCAAGUUAACAACAAUCACUGGAAUGGGAAUGGAAGCGAGGAGGGGGAUAAGCGUAGCUCGCACGGUGAGAGCCAUGGCCCACACGAGCCGGAACAAAAACAACAGCAGCAACAGCAGAAGCAACAGCAACAGCAGCGUGUGCCGAGUAAUUGUCCCAUUUGCAGGAUGCCUCAACCGGCCCCGCUUUCACCAGGAGAUGUAUGCUUCUGGUGCGAUAUCGCACGAUUUGGAUUUCUUCCCCUCUUUAUCGGUGCCUCUAGUGCCUUGCUGGGCUUUAUCCUGCUCUUCUGCGUAUCACUAAAGCCGUGGUUUGCGGAUGGCUUUUACGCCUACCUCCUCCUCAGCGCCUACGCCGCCUACGCCGUCUUUGGGGCCCACGUGUACUUUAGACGGGCGGCGCAGGUGCAGCUGCAGGCGGCGCGAGAGACCCUCUACGUGCAACUUGCCCUCCGCCUUCGUGGCCGCCCGCUUCUCUCGGUGUUUCCGGCACUUGCGGAGGCUGAGGCCGCCUCGCCCCCGUCGCUGCGGGCCACCCCGCUAUCGCACGCCGCCCAGCCACCCCGCGGCGGGGGAGGCGCAGGUGCGCUUCUGCUGGAGGGCAACCCGCUUCCCCCUGAGCUGGUGCGACGAAAGAAGGGAGAAACGGCGCAGCUGCUCAACAUGGAAGGCUUGGAGCAGGAGUUUCGCAAGGUGCUGCGCGAGACGCUGGCUAGGGACGAGUACGUGCUCUGGUGCGAGAAGCCGGAGGUGUCGAGCAUCAUCUUUUGCGACCUCUGGCUCUACGUGGACCUCUCGGCGGGCUUAGCCCUCGGCAUUUGGCUGGCGGUGGCGUCGAGCGUGCGGGACCCGAGCUACGUGCUUGUGCGCCUCUUUGGCUCCACCACGAUGGGGGUCUUGGGUUUCCUGCUGAUUAUGGCCUUCACCGCGCUGCUCACGACGACGCUGAGCAGCAGCAGCCGCCUCUACGUGCUCACGGGCCGGCGGCUGUUGACGAUAUUUAACGGCCUCAUCAGCCCGACGGUGGCGGAGACGGAGCUGAAGACGCUGCGCUUUGCCUCUGUCUACGGCUACAAGUUCUGCGGCAACACCCCGGUGCUGACCUUCUCCUGGGAGGUGCCGCUGACGGAGCGGAAGAUGCCCCCGAUUAAGAGCCACAACUUCCCCGCCAUCCUCCACCUGGAGGAGUUCCUGAAGUACUUCAAGGCGGUCGCCCCGACGUUUACGCCCGCCAACAACCAGAGCCGUCACAGCAUGCGGCACGAGCGGCAGAAGUGGCGGAUGCACCUCUUCCUCGCCAUUGUGCUGCUGCAUUUCCUGCCCAUCCUCGUCCUCUACCCGCUCUUUCUGCCUGGCUUUUUGUCGCUGCUGCUGUUUAUCAUCUUUGGCCUCGUCGUCCUGGCGACGGUGCACCGCGGGGUGCGGGUGCAGCGCGUGACGCAUGCGCCGCUGAGUCUGGCGGGGAGUUGGGCCCCCGACGCCGCGCAGGCCCGCAGGCGCGCGCGGGGCCUCUCCCGCUUCCUCCGCCACGGCGACUCCCCGACGCUGCGGCCAAAGACCCGCCCCAGCUCCGUCACCUUCGCGUGA